AUGGUGCUCAAUUACAUACCACAAACCAUCAAUGUAUACUUCAUAAGUAGAGUUGGUGAUGCAGAUAUGGUAGCAGGAGUCGGCCUAGCUACUUUGGUCUUCAACAUUGGUGGUGUAUCCUGUGGGUAUGGCAUGAACCAAGCUAUUGAGACUUUAGUUUCGCAGAGUCGAGGCCAGGGCCAUCACAGAUUAGCAGCAACCAGUAUGGCUCGUGGCAUGAUGAUUGCGGCUGCUUUAUCGACGCUUUUAUUUGGACUGCUACAAUUCACUGAAGUCUUCCUAACUCUUUUUGGCCAAGAUCCUAUCAUUGCCAACCACGCCAUGAAAUAUGUUAAUAGUGCGAGUAUAGGUAUAUGGCCUGCUAUACAAUACGACUGUAUUAUGAGGUUUUUAUUAUGUUAUCAUCAUCCUCAUAUAUGUACUUGGAUAUAUGCUAUAACAGCAGCACUCCAUGUACUCUGGUGUUACCUAUUGGUUACACCAUCAUCAGGUCUGGCUGGUGCAGGUGUAGCAAUGACUCUCACAUUCACGGGAUGUUGGCUACUCGGCAUACUAUAUAUUAUAUUUGCUAUGUGGAAUCCCUCUAUCACAGCUAUACCUCGAGAUGCUCUACCAACAUUCACUUGGAGUAUGUUCUAUGGAUGGUGGGAAUACCUCAAGAUUGGUAUACCUUCUAUGAUUACCUUAUGCUCAGAAUGGUGGGCAUAUGAGAUUGCUACUCUGAUCGUCGGUCUAUUGCGUGACUCCAAUCAAUUGGCAGCACAUGUUUCGAUCUGCAACCUCUUCGUUAUUAUGUUCAUGUUGAGCUACGGCAUCCAAACUGGCCUCAGCGCUAAGGUGGGGAGCGCGGUUGGGGCUGGUGAUCUGCAUCUGGCGAAACUUUACUGCAAGUCAGGCAUCGUGAUUGGUGGAUCGAUGAUCAUCGUCGUUGUACUUCUCCUAUGUACCUUCAGAGACUCAAUAGUCCGGCUUUACGCCGAGAAGGAACCCGAUGUAGCGGCCUAUGAGUUAUAUCUAGUACGGCCGCUACUAUGCAUUAUCCUACCCUUCGACUUCACUCAGAGCUGUCUGCAGGGAGUAUUCAAAGGUUUAGGUAUACAACGAUAUGCUGUCCCAGUGAACAUUAUCAGCUAUUAUAUUAUCAUGUUACCUCUUGGAUAUCUACUAUCGGUUGAAGCAGGAUAUGGUGUCGAUGGAAUGUGGAUGGGUUUUGCAGUUGGUGCCUCUAUCAUCGCUACUUCAUACACGACGAUACUUGCAUGUACGGACUGGUCCACACACGUUGCAGAUGCUCAGCUUCGCAUAAUACAUGGUUUUCGAUAGUGAGGGCUGUCGAGCAAUAGGGGGCAUCAUUUGAUCCGAGAUUGUUGUGGAGGCAGCAUGAUGCUCGAACGGAGCACGAGUUU